AUGAAUAGCCCCAUUACUGAUACAAGUAUCGAGCCACUGCCUUUUGCAACUGCCUACAGUAAAAACGUUCUUUCUAAGGCCGUGUCUUUAAGAGAUACGGGGCCCAUUGGAAAUGUCACAAGAAGCAACUUCUUCCGACGUACCAAGCCCACCACAGUUCCAGUCACCACGGACGCCAACACGGCCGCAACAGAUAACAUUGAAACCAGCACAAACAAAUACAAUAGCCGCGGGAAUUCCACAUUCAAGUCCCAAAAAGAUGGUGCAGAAAAAGAAGUAGACGAGAAAACGCGGGAAGAGGAAAAAGAUGCAGAAAUACAAACUCGGCGGCCAUAUUCGAACAGAACGGCGGCGCGUAAUGACCAAACUACGCCGCGCAAUUUUACACGAAGAAGGCUUGGUGGGGCAUACACAACAUCCAGAUCGAUCUCAUCCACAACAGCAGCGCCAAUAUCUCGACGUCCGUUCCGUGUAGCAAGUCGCCGUCGACCAGUUUCCACCACUAAAACCACCUCCACAACUACAACCUCCACGACUACCACCACUCAAUCUACAACCAAUGUUCUAGACAGUGAAGAAUUUUUACAACACAUUGAAGAUACAGAAUCUAUUGAAAAUCAAUCUAAAUCCUCGGGUUCUAAUACGAAGAACAGGAAGAUCCAAAGGCGUCCGCUGAUUUCUUUGAAGGUUGAGCAAGAUCAAAAUCCUGCCGCUACGAGUGAAGAGGAGAAAAAAAGACAGAGUAAAAAAUAUAGCUCCAGCUUCAAGCAAAAUCAGUUAGAUGAAGUGCUAAGACUCAAGGCUCAGGAUGCGUACGAUGUCGACAUAGACCCGACAACCGAAGGGAAAUUCACAGUUGAAGGCUACAGUGCUGAGACGGCCGUAGCACUUGCAGCACACCAACUCCUAGAAGCACCCGUACCAAUCGUACAUGACUACGAAUACGAAGAAAAAUCUUCCAGAAGUACACUAAGAAACACCAAGAAAUUAAAUUACACUACUGAUUACAAUAAAGAGGUCAAAAAGACUCCAUCAUACCCUAUAUCAUACUCUACUACACCUAAUUAUGACGUUGCAACUCAGAAUAACAACAUUCAAACAUCUACAGAUCCUGUUGUUUCCAGUGACCUUCUAGAAUCAUUACUUCCAUCAACAGGAGCUUUUAAAGCCUCUCAACCAGCAGGAUUCACCGCUCCCACUAUAACUAACCCAGGCUUGUCAGGAGUUUCACGUAUUUUCGGUCCUUCAACGGUCAGAUACUUAAGCACAACCGAUCAAAAUACAGCUACACAUAACAUCAAUCCAUUAGACGACAGAUAUACUGAGAACAGUGAAAAAUACUUAAAAACACCGCCAUCUACAAUUCAAUACGUUAGUACAAUAAAUAAAUACACGGGAGAUUCAUAUGACUCAACUCCUACAGACAGAUAUGUUGAUAUAAGUGAGACUUCACAGACUCUAACCCGAACAGAUAUCACAGGCAAUAGAAGACCUACUACUGGAAGAAACUUCCCCGAUAUCGAAACACCCCAGACCUUCCCACCUCCAACGCCUUCAACAAAUAGAUAUUUUGAUACUAAUAAUGGAUUUACUGGAAUACCACAAGGGCCAAGUGUAAUAAAUGAACCUACAAGUUCUACUGACAAAUAUACAGAUGGAUUCCAAACAGCAGGACCAUCUACAUUAGAUUAUUUAGAUUCAACUAGAUACACAGGAACAUCUCAACGGCUUAAUCCUACAAAUCGAUUUACCGUUACAAGUGAAAAGUUUACAGAUGUUUCACGGAGUCCAAGCCCAUCUACAGCUACAUACUUCGAAGAUGGUAAGUACACAAGCAUAUCGCAGGAUGAAACUCCGAAAACGAAAACAUUACUACCGAGACUCAACAAAGAUAAAUCCAAAUAUUCACAAAAUGAAAGAUACAGAAGCAAAGAAGACCACCUACAAAUUAAUAAAUUAAACAAUACAACGGAAGCCAUAUCGAGUUCAACCGGAAGAUCAGUAGGUUCACGCAAGAGAAGGCCAUCUACAAAUAGCUAUACAGCGCAACCCACAACGGAUUCAUCAUCAACAUUUGGAUAUACUGUCACAAGUGCAUAUACGAACGCACCUCGUAGGACUAGACCAUUGAUGUCAAAAUACACGGAUGUGAUUACGGAGACCCCAGUAAUUUUACAAAAUUCCGGUCCAACUAUUGGACUUCCUGAUAUAAGUGAAAAGUUUACGGAGACACCGUCAACAGUAAGACCCUCAACAGAUAUAUACUCGGAAGCAUUUGAAAAAACUACUGAAACGCCUUUUGUUUCCACUGACACUGUAAUAGCUAGUAAGAAGUACUCCGAAGUAUCACGAAGCCCAUCUACUAGUACGUAUGUAGAAUCUGUGAAAAAACAUGAGGAGUUGAAUGAGGGUGAUGUUUCAACAGAUCGUUAUUUUACUUCAAACGGUCAGUACACAGGCAUUGUUCAAGAUCACCAGAGUUCUACGGCCAAAUACUUUACUACUGAAGAAAGAUCUCAAAGUGUAAGCCCCUCGUCUACCAAAUACCCAAGUACCACUGACAAAUAUGUUUCAGGGCCCAUAGAUGACUUUAGCUACUCGACUGCUGGCUAUAGUCAGAGUCAGGAACCUUCGCAUUUCACUAGGGAAUAUCUCUUGGCGUCUCCAGUUACUAAAACAUACGACGAUGAAUAUCAAUACCUAUCACCGGUGAAUUCCAAUCAACCAUCAUCCACGACUAGAAAACUGGCCAGAAAGAAGACGAUAUUCCGAAGAAUUUCCACAACUGCCUCACCAAGUUCAACCACGACAACAACAACGCCAGAGCCUCGCAGGGUUGCCUCGAGAAAACCAUUUGAGAAAAUUCGAAAAGUCCAGAAAGUGGAAGAUCUUAAAAAGCAAACAGUUCAGGAGGAACAACAAUUAGUGUCAGAAGAACAGCCAGUGAAAGAAAUUCAAACAGCACAAAGGGUUCGGACAGUGCAGAGAGUACAGCCUGUAAGGAAAGUCGAAACGUCUGAACCUAAUACAGUGAGCAGGCCUAUAGGUAGCUAUGAUUAUUACGACGAUAGCGAAGAGAAAAUAAUACAGAAGUACGAAGAGGAGACAAAAGUGAUCCUUCAUGGAAAGGGUAACAUAGAAUGCUUAGACAUCGGCAACUUUCCUCAUCCAUCAUCAUGCAAGAAGUUCAUAUCAUGUGCUCGCAUGGAGAGUGGCGCUUUGCUGGGCUGGGAAUACGUCUGUCCUAAAGGCCUGUCGUUUGAUCCAGUCGGCAGCAUAUGCAACUGGUCCGCGGGACUCGGAUGUAACGAGAAAGACUCAUAA